GAAGGAUACAUCUAUGCUGCCUUCAAAAAUCGGCCAGAUGAAGGCAUCUCAGGAGACAGGAAGUGAAGCUAACAUUGAAUUCGAACGUGCCGUGAUGCCUCACGUCCUUAGAAUGCGUCCUCCGAAGGCAGCAUUUUUCAGUUUUCGGAUGCAGCCAUCGCCCUCCGAAGGGCACUUCGGAGUGAAAACAAUCAUGAACAACCACAUUAAAGGUCGUUCCAAACCGAAGUGCUCAAAACUGGCCACUUCAAAGGGCCCAUCGGAAUGAUCCUUUGCGCAGAUUCUUUCAAUGAUGACGGCCCCUCCGUGUGGGCACGUGAUGAAUGACGCAGAAGGGCACUACUAGACACAAGUGGUUUGGUCCACUACAUCCUUCAACCCUUCGAGGCUUUCACUCCGGGGGGUAAUCCCUUUGAAGGGAUUAGAGCAUAGGGAUGAGCCCUUCUGAAUGGAACACAGAGGAAGAAGAAUGACCGUUAGAGGGCAGCUCCAACCAUAACUCGUUCCCUCAGUCAGAGCAGCUUUGGUUGCCUCCUCGUUUCUCUGACGUCAUAGACACACGUCCGAGAGACACGCGGGAAAACUGCCACAGCAGAAUGGAUCCAGCGGAGGUAGAGUUUCUCGCAGAGAAAGAGAUGGUAAAAAUUAUCCCGAAUUUCAGUCUCGACAAAAUCUAUUUGAUUGGGGGAGAUCUGGGUCCGUUUAACCCGGGUCUGCCAGUGGAAGUCCCCGUGUGGUUGGCCCUCAAUCUUAAACAGAGACAGAAAUGCAGGAUAGUUCCUCCAGAGUGGAUGGACACUGACAAACUAGAGGAUAUCCGUGAACAGGAGAGAAAACUAGACACUUUUACUCCUAUUCCGAGUCUGUACUACAUGGAGCUAACCAAAUUAUUACUCAACCAUGCUGCAGAUAACAUCCCCAAAGCCGAUGAGAUUCGAACCCUAGUGAAGGACAUCUGGGACACGCGUGUGGCCAAGCUAAGACUUUCUGCGGAUAGUUUCAUCAGCCAGCAGGAGGCUCACGCGCAGCUGGAUAAUCUCACGCUAAUGGAGAUCAACACCACACGCUCAUUUCUGCUGGACUCUCUGAACUACAUGUAUAAACUGCGCUCAAACCUGCAGCCGGGCAGAAGUCAGGACUACUGAGAAGUUCCCAAAUAAUGCAGAAAUUCUCUACCAGAUCGAGCUGUUAUUUUUCAGCCUUGAAAUGUUUUGACCAUUUUUAUUUGUGUUGUCUAAAUAAAUUUGUACACUUUUUUUUCACGUA